AUGGCUGAACCAACUCUUGAGGAAUUGAAACAACAACGAGCUUCAACCAGGGGAAAAAACGAUUCAAGUUUAACAAAAAUUGAAAAAUUUAAUUAUUUGUUGUCGUGUCUAACCGAUCAAGCUCUCGGUACAGUAAAGGCCUAUCAAGUAACAGAAGCUAAUUAUCCUAAGGCACUUGCAAGUUUAAAGGAGCGUUAUGAUAAUGACUGUCUCAUAUUUUUAGAAUGCAUUUCGCAACUUAUCGAAUUACCAAAGAUUCCAAAGGCUUCUUCAGUUUCGUUACGGAGUUUGGUAGACAACAUUUCUGCACUAUUCAGUUCCUUGCUUUCGAUAGGUUCAUAUGAAAAUAUCUGCAAUGCAAUUAUAAUUCACAUUGCCAUAUCAAAGGUGGACCAAGAUACACAGUCUAAGUGGGAUGAGCAACUCGACUACAAGAAGCUGCCUGAAUGGAAGGAAUGUGCAAGCGUUCUCAACAAACGAUGUCAGUUCCUGGAGGCUAGAGAUAGCAAACAAAGCCGUUCGGAAUCAACUUUGAAACCAGCCAUCAAAUCAAAACCAACUUUCGUGAACCAUCAUCGUCCUCAAACUUCGCUAGCUGUUAGCCAACGAUCUUGCAUCCAUUGCGGGGACAGAACUCAUUCAAUUACAAAUUGUAAAACUUUUCUCGAGCUAUCUGUUAUGGAUCGAUUUUGGAAAUCCAAAAAAUUAGGUCUAUGUUUGAACUGUUUAGGUAAAGGGCAUAAUGUUUCCAGAUGUCCAUCACAUUAUAAAUGCCAAGUUUGCAAACAACCGCAUCAUAGUCUUUUGCAUAGAAACAAAUCUACCGAACCUGUUGCUGAUAGUACCGAUGAUCAACAACACACAUCCCAGCCAACUUCGUCAGCUGCAGUGCAUUCGGCAAUGGAAAAGGAGCGUAUUCCCGAAGGCCAAGUUAUCCUGGCAACUGCUUUAGUUUUGGUUAAAGAUUCAUCAGGAGGUUUUCAGUUGGGAAGAGUUUUACUUGAUUCAGGGUCUCAGGUCAAUUUUAUAAAUGAGAAAUUCGCAAACUCACUUGGUUUACAAAAAGACAAGAAGAUCGUGGACAUCGUAGGAAUUGGUACAACAGAAACAAAAACAAAACAUCAAACACAAACUACGAUUCGAUCAAGAUAUUCCAAUUUUGAAAUUUCCUUGGAGUUUUUAGUCGCCCCAUCUAUUACGGGAUAUCAGCCUGAAGCAGCACUUAAUGUUAGUGGUUGGAAUAUUCCGAUUAGUUCUGAACUAGCAGAUGAGAGUUUCAAUCGACCUGGUCAAAUAGAUUUGUUGUUAGGGGCAGAAGCAUUUUUCGAGUUGCUCGAAUCAGGUCAAGUCAAAUUGGGCGAGGGGCUGCCAUCUUUGCAAAAAACGGCUCUAGGAUGGAUUGUAUCGGGAAGAUACAAAACAAAAUUCAACAAUAACAGAAAGUCAUGCUUCGUCAAUUCAAAAGAUAGUUUGCUUCACAAAUAUGUUGAAAAAUUCUUUGAACUAGAAGAGAUUCAGUAUCUUAAAUGCAAAUGGUCAGAGGAGCAAACUGAAUGUGAAAAUCAUUUCAUAAAAACAGUAGAGGUUCUUCCAAGUGGUCGUCUUAUGGUCCAAUUGCCUUUGAAGAAAGAUCCUGCUUGUCUUGGAGCUUCUUAUGACAUAGCAUUUCGAAGGUUUUUAUCUCUGGAGCGCAGAUUAUCUAAAAAUAUUGCUUUGAGAACACAAUAUGUAGAUUUCAUGAAAGAAUAUGAAGCUUUAGGUCAUAUGUCGCUGGUAACUAAUCCAAAUCUUGAGCAAACUCAUUAUUAUUUGCCACAUCAAUGUGUAGUACGUCCCGAUAGCAUUUCUACAAAAUUACGCGUAGUCUUCGACGCGUCUUGUCGCACUUCUUCGCAAAUUUCCUUAAACGGAAUCCUUAUGGUUGGCCCUACAAUACAGGACGAACUUCUCAUAACAUUGCUUCGCUUUCGACUGUAUAGAUAUGCCUUGACUGCAGACAUCGUCAAAAUGUAUCGACAAGUCUUGAUACAUCCAUCGCAAAGAAGUUUGCAGUAUAUUUUGUGGAGAGAGAAUUCACAAACUCCAGUUAAAACUUAUCAAUUAAACACCAUCACAUAUGGUACUUCAUCGGCUCCGUUCCUGGCAAUUCGUUGUCUUCAAUACUUGGCAGAUACAAAUCAAGACCGCUUCAGUUUAGGUGCUUCAUGUCUUAGCAACGACUUUUAUGUGGACGACAUGCUAACUGGGGCAGACGAUUUAGAAACGUUAACUCGCAAAAGGAACGAAGUAGUUUCCAUCCUGAAUUCUGCUGGGUUAGAGCUGUCGAAAUGGAAUAGCAAUCAUUUUUCUUUGAUUCAAGAAGCUACAAGAAAAGAAAUUAAGCUUACCGAAUCAAAUUUAACUAGUACUUUGGGUAUAGCUUGGAAUCCUAGUACGGACCAAUUUAGUUUUUCGUAUAAACCCAACCAUACCUAUACAAAGUAUACCAAGAGAUCAAUUCUUUCACUGUCAUAUUCACUCUUUGAUCCAAUGGGUUUGCUAAGUCCAAUCAUAAUCCGAGCAAAAAUAGUUCUCCAGCAGCUUUGGAUAGAAAAGCUUUAUUGGGAUGAAUCCAUUUCAGAAGCAAUUGAAGCAGAGUGGCGUCAAUUCAUAAUUGAUCUUCACUCACUCCAAAACUUGGAUAUUCCUCGAUAUGUUUUUCUUGAAAACAAAAUAAGUUGUGAAGUCCAUGGUUUUGCAGACGCAUCAAUGAAGGCUUAUGGAUGCUGUAUAUAUUUGCGAAGUUUAGAUUCCUUUGGGUCAGUUAAUGUGAAGCUGUUAGUCGCAAAGUCUCGAGUUGCACCCGCAAAAAAGAGACAGCUUCCUAGACUCGAAAUUUGCGCAGCACACCUUCUAGCCAAACUCUGGGUAAAAAUUCAAAAAAUUGUAGAUUCAAACUACUCGAAGGCGUAUUUCUGGACUGAUUCGACAAUUGUGUUGCAUUGGAUUUCUACUCAUUCGUCGAAACUGAAUACGUUUGUUGGAAAUCGAGUUGCAGAAAUCCAAGAUACGACAAAAGAGGUCGUUUGGAGACACGUCCCAACACACGAAAAUCCGGCAGAUGUGGUUUCGCGAGGAUGCACGGUAGAUGAGAUUAAAACUUCCCUUUGGUUUGAAGGUCCAUCAUUUCUGGUGAACGAAGAAGAAGAAUGGCCAUCCACAGCAGAAAUCCAUCUUUCUCCAGAAGAAACUUCAUUAGAAAAAAGACAAACGGUUCUAAGUUGUCAACAGCUCGAACCAAACUACUAUCUCGAUCUUAUAGAACGAAUGAGCUCGUAUACAAAAUUGAUACGAAUCUUCGCAUAUGUCAAAAGGUAUCUCAACCUACGAGUAUGGAUGAUACCAUUUCCAAAUGAGUAUCUAACAGCUUACGAGCUAGAAAAUUCGCUAAAAAUCAUCGUUUAUAUAAUUCAAAAGAAGUACUUUUCUGAAGAAAUCGAAGCAAUUAUUAAAAACAAAUCACUUAAAGGUUCUAUAAAGGCUCUAAGCCCGUUUAUCGAGGUUGAUGAUUUCAGUGGGAUUCGUUUGUUAAGAGUCGGAGGCCGAUUGAAGCAUGCAAACAUCCCAGAGGAAAGCAAGCAUCCACUUUUACUGCCAAAAGAUUGCAGUUUCACCAAAACUCUCGUCAGACAUCUUCACCUUUCAAAUUACCAUGCUGGUCCAAAGGCUCUUGUCGCGCUGACGAGACAAACAUUUUGGAUUGUCAAUGUUCGUGAGGUAGCAAGAUGGGUAGUUCGAAAAUGCCCACACUGUGCCAGAUACAGGCCAAAGUUGUUCGAGCAGGUAAUGGGAGAUUUGCCUGCUGCUAGAUUGACCCAAUCUCGCCCAUUUUUGUGUUGCGGAGUGGACUUUUGUGGUCCAAUAUACACUUAUUACAAAAUUCGUGGCAAGGUGCCAUACAAAACAUAUGUGGCUGUCUUUGUUUGUUUUUCGUCGAAAGCAGUCCAUUUAGAAGCUGUGUCUGAUCUUUCAGCUGAUGCCUUUAUAGCAGCCUUAAAAAGGAUGAUAGGUCGUAGAGGUCUCCCAAAAACCAUCCAUUGUGAUAAUGCGACAAAUUUUGUUGGCGCACAGUCAAAACUUAAAGAACUGCGUGAUAUGUUGUUCAAACGUUCUAACCAAGAAACUAUAGUUAAUUUUUGUACUAAUGCUUCCAUAAAUUUUCAUUUUAUACCCCCCAGGGCACCUAAUUUCGGUGGAAUUUGGGAAGCGGCCGUAAAAGUAGCAAAAGGCCAUCUUUAUCGCAGUAUUGGCGGUGCAAAACUGAACUUUGAAGAGCUGACAACGGCACUAGUAGAGAUCGAGGCCAUAAUGAACUCCAGGCCAAUUACUCCAAUGUCUCCUGAUCCCAACGACCUAGAAGCCUUAACGCCAGCCCAUUUUCUCAUCGGGUCAUCCCUAAGAGCGAUUCCGGAAAUAGGCCUAGAAGUUUCCGACAUAAGUUAUCUGGAACGAUGGCGUCGAAUCAAUGCCGUCAAAACCCACUUCUGGAAGCGGUGGUCAUCAGAAUACGUUCUAGAACUCCAAAAUCGUGCCAAAUGGACUACUUCAAGGCCAAACAUCGAAGUUGGUAGUCUCGUCAUCAUCCAUGAAGACAAUUUGCCACCCCAAAAGUGGCUCUUGGGAAAAGUCAUCAACAUUAUCGAGGGUCCUGAUGGUCGUAUACGAGUCGCCGAUAUAAAAACGACACGAGGAGAAUUUCGAAGGCCAAUUCGAAAACUAGCAGCGAUACCGUGUUGA